UUUUUUGACAGCUUGUUCUGACAGCUUGUUCUGACAGCUUGUCCUGCAAUUUGUGCAUAAAACUUAAAACUUCGUGCGUUAUCAGAUGGAGGACUUCAGCGACUCAGACUGUUCUAGUGAAUCGGAGCAGAUCCAUAGGAUCAUGGGGUCCAUAGGACCCGUAUUCAGGCUCCGCUCAAGCAUCAGCACAUACAGCAGUUCCGUGGUGGAAAUGGCUAUGGAGAACUGCCGCACCUCGAAUAAUUAUGGGGUAUCAGAGCAAAACCACAGCACCGUCUCCGUGCUUGCUGCCAGUUCCAGUUCAGUCAUCGGUUCCCCUGUUCAACCACCCAACGAGAACUCCGGCGACUCGGACAGUUCAAGCAGCUCCAGUUCCAGCGCCAGCCGCGCAUCCUGUGUGCGGCGUAUUAUGGAGUAUUCCAGCGACUCGGAUCCGGAUCCGUUCCGUGUUUAUUCCAGUGAAACCUCUUCUUCGCCCAGCAAUAGCUUCAGCUUGGGCUCCAACUCCAGCUCCAGCUCCAACAUAGCCUCAACUUCAAUGGGGAGUCGUAGACAUAAUGAACCGAAGUCAGAUGAGCAGGACUCUGAUUCUAGCGAGGAUUCUCCUCCGAGCAAACGGACCAGAUCCGAUGCCGGGGAGUCGUACAUGCCCUACAACUGCCCUGUGUGCCUGGAAGACGUCCGGGAGAGGGAACCAGUGUCCACUACUUGUGGCCACGUUUUCUGCAAAGACUGCAUUGAGCGAGCUGUCGCCACUGGGAGGAUGUGCCCAUUGUGCGGAGUUGAUGAACCUGAAUUUCAUCGAAUUUUCUUGUAAGACGUGAUAUCAUAGAGAUAUCCAAAUAUCGUAGUAUGAUUGAAAUCAUACUACGUGUUAUUUAGUAAUUGCUAAACACGUAAAACUGUGCACUCUUGCUUAAAUUAUAAUCUAACUUAAAGGAACUGUUGCUCCUUCAUAACACUUAUGGAAGGCAACAUCCCCCAGAAACACAAUGCAACCGCAAACUAAAACUCAAAUAUAAGAAGGCAGACAACUUUUGCCAUAAAACAUGGCGCAAGGACACACUCAUACUCGCAGGCAACCCCAGAAAAAUGGAAGCACUUCUACAGGGGUGCCCUCCCCCCCCCCCAUGGCAAAGCAAUGAAAAUUCCGACCUACCGCAAUAAAUUCCGCGGGAAAAACAAAGCAAGCGAUGCCAAAAUAAGAGUGAAACGGCCAGCUGAAACACACACACACACACAUGAAUUUAGAGAACUGGAAUCUCCACCUUAGACACGGCGCUGUAAAUCGCGCUUAUCCAAAACACAACAUGGCAUCAGGAGGCAAUGGAGAUUCAGUUUCAGUUUCAUUCAAAGAUUGAAUAGGAAAGGGGGGGCGUUCCUCCCCUACAUCAACAACCUUUGACCUGACACAAUGCUCUACAUUCUAUGUUUUUGUUCGAGUUGCGAGUUCGAAUCGCGACUGCGCAAUGAUCCUGAGGCCCGAACAGCUGUUCAACGCAAGACCUUACCUAGGACAACAUGUGCAUCCUUAUGGUCGUGCGCUCCUUGCAGCCUCAACACCGAAUAACUGAGGCAGGCCAUCCAUGUUUUCAUACGUAAUAUGCCUGCCAGGUUUGAUAUAUUCUGUUAAUUUUGUAUUUCAAUUCAUUUUAUUACUGAACAGCCAUAAUAAAAAUUCUUAAUGUAUGCGAGAGCUUGGGUGUUUCAGCCCCGGCCAAGGAAAAGGAUUUCUAACACCAACAUAUUCCUCCAGCAGUCUUUGACAGAAGCUUGAUCCCGGAAGAAGCUUAUUACCGCAUGCAGCUUAGUAAUGCCUAUGAAAGCGGUUGGAGACCAUUCUUUUCUUUUUCCAGUGAGCGCUUCACCAGCCGCAGGGACACGAGCUGCAGCCACCACAAGGACCACAGCAAGGACUACAGCAAC